AUGUCUUUCGGAUUCGGAGGGUUUGGACAAAACAACCAGCAGAGCUCCGGCUUCGGUACCGGCUCUAGCUUUGGAGGCACAGGUACUGGCGGAGGCUUUGGAUCUACUUCGUCACCUUUCGGUGGAGGUGGUGGAGGUACAAGCUCAGGUAGUGGCCUGUUCGGAAAUAAUUCCAGCAGCUUUGGUUCCGGUGGAGGAUUCGGAGCGAACACACAAAAUACAUCGAACUCGCUGUUCCCGAAACCCGGCGGAUCUGGGUUCGGGACCGGUACAUCAACAGGCGGCGGCAUGUUUGGAGGUGGCACCGCUACGACAAGUGGCAGUGGCUUUGGAAGCACCGGCUUCGGAGCCUCUGCGAACACCGGAGGCUUUGGUAGCCCUGGCGCUGCCGCUGGCGGGGGCGGUAGCAUUUUUGGAAACAAGUCUGGUGGAACAGGCUUUGGCAGCUCGGCGGGUACUGGUGGCGCAUUUGGCUCGGCAGGCGGCUUCGGAAGCAAUAAUGCCCCUUCUAAUACUGGCUUCGGUAGUGGAGCAGGCUCUGCGUUCCAGAGUGUCCCCCCGUCUGAUGGUACCGGGAACACCCCAUUCAGUCCAUAUACCGAGAAGGAAGGCACUAGCAACGUGACCAACCAAUAUCAGAGCAUUUCCUUUAUGCAGCCAUACAGCAAAUACUGCUUUGAGGAGCUUCGACUGGGCGAUUACAACCAAGGACGCAGGUUCGGCAAUGGCAGCGGACAAGCUGGCGCUUUCGGUAGUUCAGCCUUUGGAGGCUCGGGCUUUGGUGCUCAACAACAAGGCACCAGCACCGGCACCGGCACCGGAUUUGGAGCAGGCAAUACCGCCUCUCCCUUCGGGGGCGGCGGGACAAGUGCCCCUUCUGCCUUCGGUCAGACUCAGACAACCGGCGGCUUUGGUUCUUCUACCUCCGCCAACCCCUUGUUCGGAGCUGCUAAGCCCGCGAAUUCUUUGUUUGGAGGGGCAUCUGCCGGUACCUCUCAGGCCAGUCCUUUCGGUGGCACGACCGGAACGGCGGGUGGCUUUGGAGCGGGCACAUCAGGAGGCACUGGCGCUUUUGGUGGAACUGGGGGUAGUUCGUUGUUCGGUAACAACAACAACAACCAGCAGCAGCAGCAGCAGCAGCAGCAGAACAAGCCUUUGUUUGGAGCCAGCGGAACGUCUACUGGAACUGGAGGCUUCGGCGGAUUCGGUCAGCAGCAGCAAACCAACAACACGGCUUCCCCGUUCGGUGGCGGCGCCAAUACUGGUGGCACCUCUUCGCUCUUCGGUGGUGCUGGUCAGCAGCAACAGCAAAGUGGCACGGGAGCAUUCGGUGGCUUUGGUCAGCAAAACCAGGCCCAGAACCAGACCCAGACCCAGAACAAGGGACUCUUUGGCGGGUUUGGACAGAACAACCAGCAGCAGUCUGGUGGCACCGGCCUUUUCGGCAACGCCGCGGGAGGAAAUACUGGGGGGUCGUCUCUGUUCGGACAGAACCAGCAGCAAAACCAGCAGCAACCGGCUGGCAAUUCUUUGUUCGGCGGAGGCGCUAACAACCAGCAAACCGGAACUAGCUCUCUUUUCGGUGGCGCGAAUCAACAGCAAGGCCAGAAGAGCCUAUUCGGCAAUACCACCGGCGGCACCGGCACCGGCGCCAGCCCAUUUGGUGGUAGCUUAGGAGGCACCCAGAACCAGCAACCCGGCACCAGUAGCUUGUUCGGCGGUGCUCAAAACCAGCAACAACAAAAGCCCAGCCUAUUCGGCGGGGCCGGUGGCACGGGGAGCUCCUUGUUCGGUGGCCAGAAUACUGGUGCUCAAAAUACUGGAAGUUCGCUCUUUGGCAACAGCCAGCCCCAACAACAGCAGGGUGGCGGUCUUGGUUUGGGUGGCUCUCUCUUUGGCGGGGGCGCGCAGCAGACCCAGCCUCAGCAACCUCAGCAACCCCAACAGCCGGCACCCGGGAGCUUGCAGGCAUCUUUACUCGAUGGAAAUCCUUAUGGCAACCAGUCGAUCUUCUCAGGCUUGCCCGCUCCGAGUGCUCCCAGUCCCGGCCCAUUGGCGACGCCGCUCUCUUCUUCUAUCAAGCAAAAGCAGCGUACCCCGUUGCCCGUCUACAAGAUUGCUCCCAGUGCCGCCAACCGUCUCAUCACGCCGCCAAAGCGUCAAGGAUAUGGGUUCUCCUACUCGACCUACGGAUCUCCCUCCAGCGCCGGUAGCACCCCUAAUGGACUUGGCAACAGUCUUCUUAGCGGACGCGCCACUGUCGGUGGCAGCCUUGGACGUAGCAACGGCUUCAGCAAGAGCUUCUCUACCAGCAAUCUCCGGAACAGCUUUGACCCGGACUCCCAUAGCGUUCUGGCCCCUGGUGCUCUCUCGUCGGUCUCCUCGGGGCCACUUCGCGCGUCGGGCAGCAGCCUGAAGCGCCUGACCAUUGACCGCAGCGUGAGCGUCAAGAAUGAUCUUUUCUCGCGUUCCACCAGCUCGCCUACUGCUCCCCUUCCUGCGCCAGCUGAACAGAGCCCGUCGACCGAUAAGACCAAAAAGAGGGUUAGCUUUGAUUCUUCUUCUGACGGAAUGUCUCCCGCAGCUGUUGUCCCGAUCGAGACUGAAAGUGCGGAGCCCACUUCGGAAGAGCUGGGAUUCCUGCGCUCGAUUCGCAAGAGUAGUACAACCAACGGGACCAUUGGCAGUAUUAAGACGACUCCCGCCACAGACCUCGCCGUUGUCCCCGAGAACGGUGUGCAAACCGCAGUAAGCGACGACAGCGCUUCUCGGAUUUCCUUCUCUCCAGGAUCUGAUCCUAGGCCUGGUGAGUACUGGAUGAAGCCUUCGCGCGCCGAGAUUAGUAAGAUGAGCCGCGAGGCGCAGAAGAAUGUGGUCGGUUUGAUUGUCGGUCGCGAACGAUGCGGUCAAGUGACUUUCGAUGAGCCUGUUGAUCUGACGACCGUCGACUUGGAUAACAUCCUUGGAGGAUUGGUCGACAUCGGUCUGCGCAAGAUCACUGUGUACCCAGAUGAAGCCAUUAAGCCCCCGAUGGGCAAGGGCUUGAACGUCCCAUCGACCCUUUGCAUCGAGAACUCCUGGCCUCGAGGCAGAGAUAAGAACUCCCCCAACCCGCUCACGAGUGGCCCUCUUUUCGAAAAGCAUAUCGACCGCUUGAGGAAGGUCGUCAACACCGAGUUUGUCAAUUACGACAAAGGUACUGGCACAUGGAUUUUCAGAGUGCCUCACUUUACCACGUAUGGCCUUGAUUAUGACGAUGAAGAUGAAGGUGAGAGCUAUAACCAAAGCACUUUGAGUGCUGCUCCUGACACUCCGACUCCGAAGGCUCAGUCCCCCGCGAAUUUCGACAGCACCGUGGGCUCGGAGCAAAUGUCCGCCUUUUCUAGCGAAGAAUCUUUCUUCAACGACGUGGGAGGGGUAGAUGACGACACUUUCGAUUUUAAAAAGCGCAAAAUGGUCCCGGGCUCUUUUGGCAACCAGGCCAUGGAGAUGGACGAGCAGUCUGCUUCUGGAGAUGAGGAGUCUUUUUUAGGGGAAGGCUCCACGGGUUCAACUACUGAGCAAGAAGGUGAUGAUAUCACCGAGAGCCAGCACUCUGGCGAGUCAGAAGUAGAAUCGUAUGAAGGUGAGGAAAUGGACAUGGCGGGUACUUUCCCCAACCUUCAUCAUACCGUGGAGCAGGACAACACCAAAAGCACCGACCACUUUACCGAGGACACCAUCCCUUCUUUGAAACCCUGGGGUACGCCUCCGAAGGCUCGUCUCGAUCUUAGUGACGACUGGGCCGAGCAGCUGCAGCGAACAAUCAGCCCCCGGAAGCAGGACCGAGACGCACUCCGCGAAAUCCAACGCAAUGCCUUUGCCGGAAAGUCGCCCUACGCGAGCUCUCCGAAGGAAAAAGGCACGGAAUCUGGGCAGAAAGGGUUCUCAACGAGCAUUGACCUGAUGAAUUCGCUGUUUCAACAGCCACGAAAGCAACAAGCACCGAGUCCUCCCAAGGAACAGAAUGCGAAGGCUAAAGGCUUUGAGUGGCCUUACAGCAAAACCCCGAAGACCUUCGCUGGCGAAUCGAACGAAUUGACCGAAGACGACCUUGCUUUCCAUCACUCCUUCAAACCUCGUUGGGGUCCCGUGAACUCUAUUAUUUGCGUUCAAAAUGGGUUAAGAGAUGCAGGUUCUGACGGUCGAUGGCAGCCAGAACUUACUGUCACCAGCGAAGAGAGAGAUAUUGCUUUGCUCGCAUUCAAAAACACUACCGAAUCCAACGAGAUGCUGGAUGUUCAGAGCAAACAAUCUGCCAUCAACCGCGUCGACGGUGUUCCAUUUGCGCGCCUAGCAAAUGCCGAUUUCCGACAGUUUGCUUCGGUGUCAUCGAGUUCUACAGCAUCUGACCAGGAACGACUUGUCUGGCAACUGAGCAACAUCCUGUUCAACAAUGAUAUUGAAGACGACAUCUCUGCCGGCGUGCCGGCGCAACUUCGGGCUAAAUAUCUGCCUCGCAUCAAAAAGGACCGUCUGAGUCGUUUGUGGGAACGCAUCAUCCGCGAGAGACAUGCGCACACACUGGGCAAGGCCAACUCUGCCGAGGAACGUGCAGUGUACCUGCUCUGCUCCCACCGAGUCGAGGAGGCUUGUAAUGUGUUGAUAGCUAGCCAAAACUUUCAUCUUGCCACACUCCUCGCCCAGAUUGGUCGAGACCCUACUUCGCGCGCGGAUAUGGCGAAGCAAGUUGAAAUGUGGCGUCAACACAAUGUCUACUCGGAGAUGAGCGAGCCCAUCCGAGCCUUGUAUGAACUCCUGGCCGGAAACGCGCUUCACAGCAAGGGCAAAUCCGGGGGGGCUCUUGAAGACCGUGCAUCAUUUUUUACCUUCACUGAGCGAUUCGAGUUGGACUGGUAUCAAGCGUUCGGUCUCCGACUGUGGUAUGCCAUCAUUGAUGAUGAACCGCUAGAAGAUGCUGUUUCCAAAUUCUUCAAUGACCUCAGCAGUGGAAAAGAGUCCGCUUUUCCCUAUCCUUCUCAUCAGGACAACAUUCAGGUGCCCCAAACCACGACCGAUGUCUCGGGCCGCGAAUCCCCGCUGUGGGCUUUGCUGAAGCUUUACUCGACUACCAUCGGCUCUUCGAGUCUCCCUGCGCUGGAAUUGCCUGCUGCCUUUCUUCCUGAGUCGGUGACUGGUGAUAAACUCUCGAGUCGACUGUCCUUCCAGCUGCACCAGCUCUUGGCUGCCACCAUUGGACACCAUGAGAGCUUCAAGACAAAUGCUGCUCAGGUAGACAAGCUGGUGCAGGACUAUGCCUGGGAACUCAGCUGCAGUGGUGAACUGGAACGGGCUUUAUUUGUUCUGCUCCACCUUUCUCGACAGUUAGAUCGCGAGCGCGCCGUGAAAGAAACCCUGGCACGCUUUGCCUCCCGGUUGCCUGAACCCAGCACCCCAGACGGAUCGCCCGACGCCACUUGGCAAUACCUCACCCACGAUCUGCAGCUUCCGGAGGGGUGGAUUUGGGUAGCCAAGGCUCUCUACGCGCGUGACAUUGGCGAUGCGGCCCGCGAAGUUGACUGUCUUGUGCGCGGCAAGAACUGGAACGACGCUCACGCUACUUUCUGCCGCAUUGUUGGUCCGACCGCUGUGAUUGAGCGCGACUACGCGACGCUCGAGACUCUGGUAUUGGGCUUCGGCGAGGCUCCAGAGCGCAAGGUGCGAGGAUGGGCCAACGGAGGCGGCAUCUACGACGACUUCCUCCACCUUGCUACAGCCAAGCAUGGAAAGCGGGAUGCCUCUCGACUGAACCGACUCGUCAACGCGUUGGUCACCAUGGGAGAAAAGAUCGGUCAAGCAUCUGGGGUGGAAGGGCUGGAAGAACGGGUGGCUUUCAAGGAGAUGAGCCGAGCUGUUGCCAAUUGGACGGCUCACGAAGAUGCGAAGACGGUGGAAAUGUCAAACGUCCUCGGCCUGCCUCUAACGGGAGAUGCGCGUCUUGUUCAAAUGGCAGAGACGAGUCGGCGCUACUACAGUGUCAUCAUGGCGGGCGCCUAUUAA